AUGCAGUGCUCUUGUAACACGGGCAAACGACUCAUGUGUUACUUCUCCAGUGAUUCACCUCGAACGAAGGGUUACGGACGGUACACGGCUAACGAAAUCCCGCUCGAGUUGUGCAGCGACGUCAUCUAUCGGGGCAUUUCGUUCCCGGACUGGACGCGAGGUGCAUACGUUUUUAAGAACGACGAACUGCAGCAGCUGUGGGCAUUCCUAUCCACGGUCAAAGCUCGAUCAGCGUCGGUGCGAUACUUCAUCUCGAUCGUCGAACGCGGCAAAGAGGCACUAGCAUACUCGAUUAUGGCCGAAAUUCCUGAACGUCGAGGUGCCUUCGUCCGGGCGCUUCUGCUGCUGCUGGAGCAGUACGGCUUGAGUGGAGUAGAGAUCGCCUGGGAGUGGCCCGGAUCGAUGGUUAAAUUUGGUGGAAUUUCGAACGAUCGUGAGUCCGUGGUGUCGCUGCUAACGGACCUACGCUCGGGGCUGAAAAGUCGCAACAAGGAGGUGUUCUUUUUUGGAGCCGUCUAUCCGAAGGUGUUGCGAGAGUCCUAUCGAGUGACGAGCAUCUGUCAGCUGGUGGACUUUGUGACACUGUUCACGUUCGACAUGCGGCCGCACACGAACAAUGUAGCGGAUGUGCACUCCCCGAUGCGUAAUAGAUCAUUCGAACGGGAUCCAAACCGGGCCAAAACGAACGUGGUUGAUGGUGUAGAGUCGUGGAUUGAGUUCGGGUGUCCUCCGAAGAAGCUGAUCCUGGGAAUAGGUUUGUUCGGACAGGCGUACACCUUAGCGAAUCCAGCGAUCUACAAUGUCGGCGCACCCACGGUUGGUCCUGGCGCGGAAGGACAAUAUUACUAUGAAGGAUACUACCCUUAUUACGAGCUUUGCCUGUUGGUGCGAAGUGGAUGGAGCAUCUUUUACGACACAAUUGGGCAGAUGCCGUUCGCCGUCCGGGGCAACCAGUGGAUGAGCUACGAGGACACAACGUCGAUCUCGGCCAAGCUGGAUUUGGUGCAACAGAAGCGGCUCGGAGGUGUCGUGCUGCAGUACGUUGAUUAUGACGAUUUUUGGGGCUUUUGUGGCUCCAGGAACCCACUGACGACCUACAUAUAUCAGCGGCUGGCGCAGAUUCCCUCCGAUAUCGGGUUCGCCAUCGAGUGGAGCUAA